GUAUCUCAGAGUAUUCAUUUUUGGCUUUUUGACAACAACGGUUAACAACGGAGACGCGGAACUUGUCGAAGUUGAAACGGGAUAAAGUAUACUUGCAAAAUUAAAUAAAAAACUUGCACAACUCUUAUUAGCCAAUUCGAGGGCUAUAAAGUAAAGAAACGUCAAGUGUAGUGUUCAUUCGAAUGAACAAUCGUUUCCGUUCACAACCGAAAACCACAGGAUUUCCCAAAAGAAAUCAAAUUGAAAAAGUAGUGAAUAAUUUCAUUUAUUGAUUUUUUUACAAAGCAUUUGUUAGACUUUUGUGAAAAUUCGAUUUCGCCUCUCUCGUUUGUGCUCUCUGCAAAACAAUUUUACCGAACAAAGAAAGCUCAAACAUAGCUGCAGUACAACACAAAUACAACAAAUUCUGCAUUGCAGACAACAAAAUGAAGAAUUGCUGUUAAAAAUAGUGAAAAUAAGUUUAUUCGGAUAAAUCGGGAAAAUAAAUAUCGAAUAACAUGACGGUUAUGCAUUGGAAAUAGCCGGAGGAGAAAUAAUUUUGUGGAAAAAAAUUGAAUCAGAAUUGGCUUAUUUAAUUGGCAGACAUACGUCAUUUAUUUUGUGUUCAUGCGAAUUUUUCUCACGCUCCCAGUCGAUUUACAAACUCACUGCGCCUGCUGGUAAUACAAUGAGAAUUUGUUUUUCGUUCGCUAAUACUCGAAUUAGUAAGAUACGCUUUGUUUCAUAUUCGAAUUUCUUGACAUUUUCCUGCAAUUAUUGAAAACUAUUCAUAUUAUUUGAUCAACCGGCAACAAAAUUGAAAAAAUUGUCGAUAAGCAAAUAUUAGCUCAACCAAUCAUUUGAAAACAGUCGGACACCACCCGAAGUAGAAGAUAUCCUCGUCUCUAUCCUUUGUGGGGUUGUUUACAACGGAGUAGAGUACAAAAAAGUAAAAAUAUUAGGGAGGGCUCUUUGCGUGUUUGAACACCCUGCCCCAAAAAGUAAAAGAGGUGGCAGACGACCGAAAGAGAAAGUCUUUCUUGCGUACGUCAGUUUGUGUGUAUGCGUGCGUGUUUAUUUAUCAUUAAAAUUGCAUUGGAAUUUUACUCGUAACACAAAUACAAUACUCUGUAGUCUGCAACAACAGAAUUGCUCUUUGUGAGCUGUUGCUCUAUUCCAACAACCAACAACGACGCAUAACAACUCUUCGAUCGAAGAAGAAGAGGAGGAGGAGGAGACACAGCCAACAGCCGACAAACAUCGAAACCGACAGCACGAACACCGAACGAAGGAGACAAAGUUGGCCUUCAGAAGGCCAUAAAACAACAACAACAAAAACACAUAUAUCAUUCCAUUAUUUUCACCCCUCGACUACUAACAUAACUACUGCAACCUGUUCAGGGUUAUAGCAAUGAUGGCGGAACCCGAAUCAAGGUCAUUUAAAACCAAACGUCGCAACUUCGUCUCCCCCAAAUUAUCCUCUAUUACUACAGCUGUGUCGGCGCGACCAUCGUUUUUACAUCUACUCUGCUUUGCUGUGAUAUUUUCUAAUUUGAUUGCACCCAGUAUUCAGAAUUGUGUCUGGUAUGGAGUCUGCGAUGUUGAUGCAUUUGACCAUAGCAAGUAUUGUGCAUACAACGGCACGGCUAAACCCAUUUCUGACGAGGGUCGCAAUCUCUUGAAAGAAAGAUGCUCCCACCUGCUAGACAAUGGCGCAUCCGAUUUCUGUUGUGAUAAUAAACAGGUGGAGAUUUUGAAUAAGAAUAUAAAAUUAGCUGCAAAUUUUCUGGAUCGUUGUCCAUCAUGUAUGGCAAAUUUGGUUAAGCAUUUAUGCGAAUUUACAUGUUCGCCUAAGCAGUCGGAAUUUAUACAUGUCGUUGAAACAAAAAAUAACGCAGACGGUAAACCAUACGUCAACAACAUCGAUUUACAUAUAACGGCCAAUUACACAAAUAGCACAUACAAAUCUUGUUCUCAGGUAUCUGUGCCAUCAACGGGCCAACUUGCCAUGGACAUUGUUUGUGGCGAUCACACAGCUUCACGUUGCAGUGCUACUAAAUGGUUCACAUAUAUGGGUGACGUCAACAAUAUAUAUGUACCUUUUCAAAUUACAUAUGUCCAGCAUCAAAACAGUUCGUCAGUGAUUGACGGCUACCGUCCAUUGGAUCCACCAACAGUUCCUUGCAGUAGUCCAUUAAACGAUAAGACUCCGGCAUGUUCCUGUACCGAUUGCGAAGCAUCCUGUCCUAUACCACCACCAGAACCACCAGCACCUCAGCCAUUCAUGAUUGGUGGAGUUGAUGCUUUUACCGUGAUAAUGAUAGCUGUAUUCGUUGUGGGAAGUUUGUUGUUCCUAAUGGGAGUGUGUUUGUUCCCCUCCAAAAAUACGGACGUUUUGAUAGGUGAAGGUUUGGUGGAUAACCGUUAUAGUACGUCCUUUGGCAGGCGUUACACUGGUGGUCACACGGUCAACAAUGAUUUAGCUCCAGAGGAGGAUUCACCCCUGCAAUCGAAAAUAUCCACUGAUGGCAAUGAAGUUGAUGGGCCUCAUCAUGAUGGCAUUGAUGUCGUAAUCGAAUCCGAUUCUGGCUACUUUGAACACUUGGGUGCUAAAACUGAAAAAUGCCUUGAGGAAUUCUUCACGGCUUGGGGCAAAUUGUUUGCCACAUAUCCAUGGCUAACUUUGCUGGGAGGUUUGGUGGUUGUCGCUGCCCUAGGUAGUGGCAUAAAGUUUCUACAUGUCACAACAGAUCCCGUGGAAUUGUGGGCAUCACCUCAGUCCCGAUCUCGCGUUGAACGAGAAUUCUUCGACUCAAAUUUCCAACCCUUCUAUAGGUUGGAACAGAUUAUUAUCAAGGCCGUGGAUUUGCCAGAUAUUGUGCACAACACCUCAAAUGGACCCCUUCAAUUCGGCCCAGUCUUUGAUAAACAAUUCUUAAUAGAUGUCUACAAUUUACAAGAGGAUAUCAAAAAUUUGGGCAAGGACAUAGAAAAUGCCACAAUGCUGAAGGAUAUAUGUUAUGCUCCUUUAGUGACUGGUGAGUCGGUUCCAGUAGAAACAUCCAAUUGUGUGGUCCAAUCGAUUUGGGGUUAUUUCAAAGACGAUUUAGAACGCUUAGAUGACGAAGAUGAAGAUAAUGGUUUCAUGGUCACCUACUUGGACGAACUGUACCAGUGCAUAAGUAAUCCAUAUUUAUGCUUGGCGCCUUACGGCGGCAUUGUAGAUCCAGCCAUUGCUCUCGGAGGAUUCCUUAAGACUGGGGAACAACUUGGUCCUGAAACCAAAUACGAACGAGCGAAUGCAUUGAUAUUGACCUUCUUGGUUAGAAAUCAUCAUGAUAAAGAAAAACUGGGACCCACAUUAGAAUGGGAAGAACGUUAUGUGAAUUAUAUGCUUAAUUAUACAAAAAAUCGCAUGAGCAAACACAUGGACAUAGCCUUUACUUCUGAGAGGUCUAUAGAGGAUGAACUGAAUCGCGGAUCGCAAUCGGAUGUCCUAACCAUUUUGGUGUCAUACUUAAUAAUGUUCGCUUAUAUAGCCAUCUCAUUGGGACACGUACAGGAGAUAGGACGUGCAUUUAUUGACAGCAAGAUAACAUUAGGUGUUGGUGGCGUCAUAAUUGUGUUGGCCUCCGUCGUGUCCUCGGUCGGUAUCUUUGGUUAUAUUGGUGUUCCGGCCACGUUGAUCAUUGUGGAAGUAAUACCAUUCUUGGUGUUGGCUGUUGGUGUUGACAAUAUUUUUAUUUUGGUGCAAACCUAUCAACGUGACGGUCGCAAACCCGAUGAGACUCACGAAGAGCAUAUUGGCCGAAUACUUGGUCGUGUGGGACCUUCCAUGCUCCUGACUUCGGUCAGCGAAAGUUGCUGCUUCUUUUUGGGAGGACUUUCUGAUAUGCCGGCCGUAAAGGCAUUCGCAAUGUACGCGGGAAUGGCUCUUUUCUUUGACUUUCUUCUGCAAAUUACUUGUUUCGUAAGUCUAUUGACUUUGGAUACCAAACGUCAAGCGGAGAAUCGUUUAGAUGUUUGCUGUUUUAUACGUGGCAAGAAGACUGAUGCUGCUCCCAUAACUGAAGGCCUACUCUACAAGUUCUUUAAGAGUGUGUACGUUCCAUUCCUGAUGAAGAAAACUGUUCGUGUUAUCGUCAUGAUCGUAUUCUUCGGUUGGCUUUGUUCCAGUAUAGCCAUAGCACCACGCAUUGAAAUUGGAUUGAAUCAAGAGCUUUCCAUGCCUGAAGAUAGUUUUGUGCUACAUUAUUUCCAAUCGUUAAACAAGUACCUGAGCAUUGGACCUCCAGUUUAUUUUGUGUUAAAAUCUGGACUUAACUUUUCAACCACUUUUGACCAGAAUUUAGUAUGCUCGGGUCAGUUCUGCAACGAUGACAGCGUUAUAACGCAGAUUUAUUUGUCGAGUAAACGUUCGAACGUGACGUAUAUUGCUAGGCCUGCAUCAAGUUGGAUUGAUGACUACUUCGAUUGGAGUCAAGCAUCAUCAUGUUGUAAAUACCAUCCUGAAACUGGUGAUUUUUGUCCACAUCAAGAUUAUUCCUGCGAAAGCUGUGUAAUCAAUCGCAACAGCUUGCACCGCCCGGAUGAAAAAGAUUUUGGUAAAUAUUUACCAUUCUUUUUACAAGACAAUCCUGAUGAUAAUUGCGCCAAAGCUGGUCACGCUGUGUAUGCAGCCGGCGUACGUUAUAAUACCAUGCCUGACACUAAUCAAACUAACGUCGAUGCUUCCUAUUUUAUGGCUUAUCAUACCAUUUUGAGAACUUCAGCUGAUUACUAUGGUGCUUUGCGCUCAGCUCGUAAAAUAUCGGCUAACAUUACGCACAUGAUUCAAGGACGUCUAAUGUCCCAAGGGGUGCCGUUGGAGGAGGCCUUGCAAGUAGAAGUAUUUCCAUAUUCAGUUUUCUACGUAUUUUACGAACAAUAUCUGACAAUGUGGCCCGACACGCUACAAAGCAUGGGCAUAUCCGUGUUGGCCAUAUUCAUUGUGACCUUCCUUUUGAUGGGUUUCGAUAUACACUCGUCGCUUGUAGUUGUUAUUACAAUAACCAUGAUCGUCAUCAAUUUAGGAGGAAAUAUGUACUAUUGGAACAUCUCCCUAAACGCUGUUUCGCUGGUUAACCUGGUCAUGGCAGUUGGCAUCUCCGUGGAAUUUUGCUCACAUUUAGUCCACAGCUUUUCGAUAUCGACAGAAGGCACCCGGGAGAAACGUGCAGCCGAUUGCCUUACGAAAAUGGGAAGCUCCAUUUUCUCUGGUAUUACACUAACGAAAUUUGGAGGCAUCCUAGUGUUGGCUUUUGCCAAGUCUCAAAUCUUCCAGGUGUUCUACUUCCGAAUGUACUUGGGAAUUGUUUUAAUUGGUGCUGCUCAUGGCUUAAUAUUUUUGCCAGUAUUGCUAAGUUAUAUUGGCGUGAUGCAAGGUCCCCGUGGAAGAUCAACACAUAAAAUUCGAAACGAUCCAACAACAUCCACAACCAUACCCACCAAUACAAACCCCAUACCCCACGCAACAUUUGCAACAAACGCCAGCUAUCAUCCAGACGAAGCAAUCUUCGACAAUGCUAGCAGUUUUUCUCCAAUGUAUACAUCGGCCUCACAAUCGUCCUUCGGAAGUGUAAACUCGGUCACAAAUCUACAGUCUUCUUCAGUGGGUGGCUACAGACGUAUACCAGAAAAUUGAUGUUCACCUCCUGUCACUGAUAGCUCUGUGGUAUAGCAAUCAAUAUGGCUGGGCCAAACAAAAUCUGUUUAUCCUUCACCAAGUAUUACGGCCUAAACGAAUAAUGAUACGUUUUUUACAUACGAAUUGGAUCUCUCCGAAUAAUUGAGCACUGAAAUAUUUACUUUCCAAAUAAAGCAAGCAUCCUUUUAUUUUUAAA